AUGCAGUGCAAGGACAGCGGAGGCUUCCUGGAGAAAUUCCAUGUCCUGGAGAGAAAAAGGAGGCCACAGCAGGCAGGCUCUCCCAGAACUCUGGGCCGGGACUUUGGGGAUGCAUUCUGCAGCUCAUUAAAGUUCAGUCUUAUUCUCGCUCUGUUGAUUUCUACGAUGCAUGUGUUGUGGUGUUAUCCUGUUCCAUCUCCUAAGGUGUCUGGAAAAUCUGAUUACUCUGUCAUCCUGCUGGACAGCUGCCCAACCAGGAUGGUCAGGAGAGAGGGACUGGAUUUGCUAAAGCUGGUUUUGGAGAAGACGCUUCUGAAGAGGUCCUUCCGCAAUGGCGUGGGUACAGGGAUGAAAAAAACUUCCUUUCGAAGAGCAAAACCGUGA